CACGAUAACGACUCGAAACGUAUCCACGCGUAAUUUACGAAAACUCUUUCCUUCCUCAUCAAUCUUUCCACCAAACUUCAUAACGAAUAUCAAACCGAGGCUGACUUUCGAAUGAGCAAGUGAUUCAACCAUCACGUUUCUUGCAAAAUUGUAAUAUUUUUUUCUGAUAAAUCGAAACAUGUAUCACAGAAUUCUUCUUAUAUAAGAAUAUAAGGAUAUGAUAUUCCAAAGAAAUAUUUAUAAUCUAUAAAUUAAUUUUAACUUAAUUAAUCAGUUAAUAUACGAUUAAUCAUAAUUUUAUUUAUAUAAUAUUAUUUAACUCAAAUUUUCGCGUAAUUAUCCAUAAAUUAAAUUACAAUUGUAUUAUAUUUGUAUUUUUAUAAUAACACUUUUGCAUAAUUUAAUAAAACGAAAUGGAACAUGGCCAGAGAACAUUUUAUUAGGAAUGUAUGAUGAUUCAUUGAAAACAUAACCAAUAAUCGCAUAAACGUGGAAAAUCAAUUCAUUUAUUUCUAUUAUAAAUUUUGAACUAAAUAACAUUAUAUGCAACGAGUCCAGCUGUUACAACUAUAACUUACAUAACCAAAUUAAUUUGAUCACAUUAAUUUUUGUGAUUCCUUCCUUCUGCCAGUCAUCAUACAUCAAACUUACCUUGAUCUAUCGUUUGAUUUAAACAUAUCACAAUUAUUAUUUUCCCUCUCUCUAUAUAUAUAUACACCUAGUAUACCUGAUACAGCGAAUUGAUUUGAAUAAAUGUAUCUUUACGGUGUACGAUUAUGUACAAUGAACAACUCAUCACGAGGUCUGCUCCUUUGUCGUGCCACCCCACCACACACGAAACACACGGAGGUGGGACGUUGUGUCGAGUGUUGAAUUAGAUUCAGUAAAGUAAGUCGAUGAGUGCGCGCUGGUCGGUCCGGUUAUUGUGCAGAAUCGUGUUGGAUCGCUGUUUUGUUAUGUAAUUCUCUCCCUCUUUCCCUUCCAAUUUUAUUUUUCCGCUCCCAUCCUUCCUUUCCAAAAACUCUUCCUCCUCCCACAGAGAUCGCCAGAGAAUCGAAAUUCUAUCGAUCGAAAUCACUUGUGUUUUCCUUUUCUCUUUUCUCUCUCUUUCUCUCUCUCUCCCUCUCUCUCUUCUAUUUCUCCUUUUAUUUUCCUUUCUUUCUCCUUCUUCUUCUUCUUUUUUGAAUAUCUGCACCAUCAGGGUGAGUCAAUAUAUACUUAAAUAAGUUUCUAUGUGUUAAUCUUUUUUUUUUUUUGGUAUAAAAAUUAAAGAUAUCGUUUAAAAAAAAUUUCAAGAUCGUUAAGAAUUCUUCGAGAAAAAUAAAAUGUCUCAAUGACGUAUAAAAGCUCAAGCUUUUAUAUUAAUCCUCUUUUAACAAUUUACACGUUGUCUGUUAAAAAAGAAAUAUCUUGGUCUCGAUAAAAUGAAAGAAAUAUCUUUCUGCCCGUGAUGCAACGUGAUCGUUAUCCAUUGAUAAUCCACGAGGCAUAAGCGGCGCGUUAAACGAGGAAUAGAGGUACAUGGCCCUUUUCAACUAGUUAUGUUUCGCUCGUACAUUUAGGCAGGUAUACUCGCACUUUGAAUAUCUCGAAUAUCCUGCUCUUUCUCUCUUUCUCUCUCUCUCUCUCUCUCAAUCUCGUGACAGUUGUUGGUUAAGUAACAUUUACAUUCUGUAAGAUUGCGAACGUUCAAUUCAACGAAACAAGAAGCGUCCCAGUUGUGAUUACAGCCGCAGGACAAAACGUAACUCGCCUUCAGAAUGGGGGCGAUGUUCAGGAGCGAGCAGAUGGCGCUCUGCCAGCUGUUCAUUCAGCCAGAGGCGGCCUAUCUUUCUGUUUCCGAGCUUGGAGAAACGGGCACGGUGCAGUUUCGUGAUCUCAACGGCGAUGUGAAUUAUUUUCAACGGAAGUUCGUGAACGAGGUGCGUCGAUGCGACGAGAUGGAGAGGAAACUUCGAUACAUCGAGGCCGAGGUGAGGAAAGACGGAGUGCCGAUCGUCGACAAUCUCACGGAACUACCACGGGCACCGAAUCCUCGUAUGAUCAUAGAUCUCGAGGCCCAUCUCGAGGAAACGGAGAACGACAUAUUAGAGCUGAGCCAAAACGCGGUGAACCUGAAGAGUAACUACCUCGAGUUGACGGAAUUACGGCAUGUGCUCGAGAAGACCCAAGUAUUUUUCACGGAGAAUCAAGAUUCGUAUCUUCUUCUAUAUCAACAGGAAGAGGCCAAUGACUCGAUCACCAGGACGCUAAUAAACGAGGAACCACAGAAUCCGAACACGACGAUUAGGGGACGUCUUGAAUUCGUUGCUGGGGUAAUAAACCGGGAACGAGUACCAGCUUUCGAGAGAAUGUUGUGGCGAAUAUCCCGUGGAAACGUGUUCCUGCGCCAGGCUGAGCUUGACAAGCCGCUAGAAGAUCCAGCUACUGGCAAUCAGAUAUUUAAAACGGUGUUCGUCGCAUUUUUCCAAGGAGAACAGCUGAAGAGCCGCAUAAGAAAAGUCUGCACCGGUUUCCACGCCUCUUUGUAUCCGUGCCCGCAUAGCCACGCGGAACGUCAAGAAAUGGUGAAAGGCGUUCGAACGAGACUGGAAGAUUUGAACUUGGUUUUGAAUCAAACGCACGAUCAUCGUCAACGCGUUUUACACAACGUAGCCAAGGAAUUGCCCAAUUGGGCGAUCAUGGUUCGAAAGAUGAAGGCGAUUUAUCACACGAUGAAUCUGUUCAACGUCGACGUAACAAAAAAGUGCCUUAUAGGAGAGUGUUGGGUACCUGUAUCGGAUCUUACCAUCGUUAGAGACUGCCUUAACGAAGGAUCGCGUCUCUGCGGUAGUUCGAUACCAUCUUUCCUCAAUGUUAUCUACACGAACGAAAACCCCCCGACGUUUAACAGGACGAACAAGUUCACCAGAGGUUUUCAAAACUUGAUCGACGCGUAUGGCGUGGCAUCGUAUCGCGAAGCUAAUCCAGCCCUUUAUACGAUUAUCACUUUCCCCUUUCUGUUUAGCAUCAUGUUCGGCGAUUUUGGACAUGGUAUAAUUAUGACUCUGUUCGCUCUGUUUAUGAUCGUGAAGGAGAAGAAGUUUAUGGCUGAAAAAACAACGAACGAAAUUUGGAAUAUAUUUUUCGCCGGCCGUUACAUUAUACUUCUCAUGGGUUUGUUUUCCAUUUACACUGGCAUCAUCUAUAAUGACGUAUUCUCAAGAUCAAUAAACAUAUUCGGGUCUAGUUGGGACAUACGGUUCGACAAUAAAACAAUCAUGAUUAAUGAGCUUAUGGAAUUGGACCCGGCUAAAAGUGAUUACAAACAAUACCCUUAUCCAGUGGGUAUGGAUCCAGUUUGGGUGCUUGCCGAGAACAAGAUCAUAUUCUUAAAUUCGUACAAAAUGAAGCUGUCCAUCAUCUUCGGUGUCGUGCAUAUGAUAUUUGGCGUGUUCAUGAGUACCGUUAAUAUUAUACAUUUCAAGAAAUACUCGAGCCUUUUCUUAGAAUUCUUGCCACAGCUGCUUUUCCUUGUUGUAUUAUUUCUCUACCUGGUAGUCUUAAUGUUUGUUAAAUGGGUUUUAUAUAGCCCCACUUCGCCAGACAUGGCGUAUACUCCUGGCUGUGCACCAUCGAUAUUGAUCACGUUUAUUAAUAUGAUACUGCGGGGUCAUAGCCAAGUGCGCGAAGGUUGUUCAGAGUAUAUGUUUCCGGGCCAGACCACUCUUCAGCUUGCCUGUGUCAUAAUUGCAGCGUUAUGCGUGCCCGUCAUGCUGUUUGGGAAACCACUUUUUUUCUUGUUGCACAAAAAAAGCGCGCAGACGGGAAAAGUCCUGAGCGAUGGAAUCGCGUCCCAAGAUAUCGAAUUGCAAACUAAAGGGUUGCAAAAUAACCCGUCGACCAGCGACGCAACCGAUGAACACGAGGACGAGUCGUUCGGUGAAGUAAUGAUACACCAGGCGAUUCACACCAUAGAAUACGUUCUCUCAACGAUAUCACACACUGCCUCUUACCUACGUUUGUGGGCUUUGUCGUUGGCCCACGGACAACUUUCCGAAGUUUUGUGGUCGAUGGUUUUGCGCAAGGGUUUAUUCGCUGCCGAGGGUAAUUAUAUAUCGGCCAUCAUGUUAUUUUUCGCGUUCGCCGCAUGGGCCUCUUUCACCGUUGCCAUUCUUGUCAUGAUGGAAGGCCUGUCAGCCUUUCUUCACACACUUCGACUUCACUGGGUGGAGUUCAUGAGCAAAUUCUACGAGGGCCAAGGUUAUCCCUUUCAACCAUUUUGUUUUAAAUCUAUUCUAGACGCCGAAGAUUCCGAAGACUAGACUACUGCUGUGAUCCUCAGCAAUAAUUAUAAUUAGAUAUAUCUAUCGUGUUAAACGGAAAGACUUGUUUUUAUUUUAUAAACAAAUUAACAAAUAUCGAACGAAUUAUAUACAUUGGAAGGAUAUGUUUUUGAAAAUUUUUGAACUAAGUAUUUUUGACGAAAAAGAAUUUCUUUACACUUAACCAGAUUGUGCUUGUAUAAAAUAUCAUUGCAAAAGAAAUUUUUAAUCGAAGAUAUUUGUAUCCUUUUUAAUUCAAACAAGAUAAAUUGUUAGGUUAACAAUAUUCAAUGUGUCUCGUAUCGAUUGUUAAAAAUUUAUAAAUACGACAAGUUUUCGACAUUCUUUUCGGAGAUAUAUUCUUUUUUUUGAAAUCAAUCGUUUUCGAAAUCAAUAAUGCUUAUGUUAAAUUUUUAUGUUCAAAUGAUAGAACGAAACGUUAAGAGAUAACGAAAGUGUUUUGAACAAAUAUAAAUGUUUUUUUAAAAAUUAUAUAAAAAAUAUUUAUCAUAUUAGUUAAUCAAUUUUCAGUGUUUCUUUCAUUUGUACUAUCCAAAAAUUUAUCGUUAAACGUUGACAAAAUUAUGUUCGAUGAAAUAACGUUUCUAGUUUUUUUUCUAAAAAAGAUUAUAUAAUAUAAUAACACACGAUUAAAGGCACAUGAAAAUUGUAAACCAGAUAAAACUAGUGAGUUCCCCGAAUGAAGAAUAUUAUUCUCUGAUUUGUUUUACAUUAAACGAACAUAUCGUCGAUAAGUACACAUCUCGUUCAUUCCAUUCUUCAUUGUCGAAAUGUGACACUACGAUAAAAGUAUAAUAUGAUGAUUUACCAUAUUAUAUUUGCAUAUUAUUAUACUAGGAAUGUAGAGAGAAAGAGGGGAAAGAAAAUAUAAAGGAGGAGAGAAAUAAAAAUUUGAGAAGGAUGGCGGGAAUGUACAUUCUAUGUUACUAGAGUACAAAUUAUCGAAAGUGAUUGCGAAAAGUAUUCAUCUUGAAACUAAUAAGAAGUGGUGUCGUUAGAGAUGUAUCCAAUAUAGAUAUUAAUGUAAUAUCUGAAAACAGUGCGAUGCAAAUAUAUAUAAAAAUAUAUUUUACCAAUA